CACUCAAUUUCUUUACCACCCAAAACCUCCACCACAACAGCCACCCAAACACCAAAAAAGACAUGAAGAAGAAAAUUCUGGUAACCGGCGCAUCCGGUUACUUAGGCGGUAAACUCUGCCACACUUUAAUCCAACACGACAACUAUUCCGUCCGUGCCUUCGUCCGUCACUCAAGCGACCUCUCAUCUCUCCCUCCUCUUCUAGAACUUUCUUAUGGUGACGUCACCGAUUAUCCUUCCCUUCUUUCCGCUUUUUCCGGUUGCCACGUCAUCAUUCACGCCGCUGCUUUAGUCGAACCUUGGCUUCCUAAUCCUUCUAAAUUUAUCUCUGUGAAUGUUGGAGGUUUGAAGAAUGUAAUUAGAGCUUAUAAAGAGACGGAUAGUGUUGAGAAGAUCGUUUAUACGUCGUCGUUUUUCGCUUUAGGUCCUACUGAUGGAUAUGUUGCUGAUGAGUCUCAAAUGCAUUCAACGAAAAAUUUCUGUUCUGAGUAUGAGAAAUCAAAGGCUGUUGCUGAUAAGAUUGCCCUAGAAGCCGCGAAAGAGGGAGUACCUAUUGUGGCUGUUUAUCCUGGAGUUAUAUAUGGACCUGGUAAAGUCACUGCUGGGAACGUGGUGGCCAAUCUGAUUGUUGAACGGUUUAAUGGACGUCUACCUGGCUACAUUGGUUAUGGAAAUGAUAAGUUCUCUUUCAGCCAUGUAGAUGAUGUGGUAGACGGCCACAUUUCAGCUAUAGACAAAGGUCAACCAGGGGAAAGGUACCUUCUUACAGGUGAAAAUGCAUCCUUCAUGCAAGUGUUUGAUAUAGCUGCUGCUGUCACCAACACAAAAACACCCUGGUUUCACAUUCCCUUAUUUGUCAUCGAGGUUUAUGGCUGGUUAUCCGUGCUUUUCUCUAGAAUAACCGGAAAACUUCCACUGAUCAGUCCUCCGACUGUGUAUGUUUUGAGACAUCAAUGGGCGUAUUCUUGUGAGAAAGCGAAAAGGGAACUUAACUACAAGCCAAGAAGCUUAACUGAAGGUUUAGAGGAGGUUCUUCCUUGGUUGAAGAACUUAGGUGUUAUCAAAUACUAAUAGGAAGAAUACCGACGAGGUAGGGUCCUCUUUUUCAUUACUGUAUAACCCCGAUACUAAAAAAAGUAGUAUUAUGCUUAAUAUGUACAUAUUAACAUAUUCCAUGUUGGAUGGAGAAUUCAAGUAUUAACUUGGUGAAGUUGGAAGCUUA